AACUAUUGGUGAUUCCGUGUCCCGUUCAUAAUUUGGGGGAAUUCACGCUGGUGUGGCGACGGGGAAACCAGAUCCUGUGGGUUCUGCAGGACAGAGGAGAAGGGCCCUUCAUUCAGACAGUUUCCCGUGACCCACGCAUCAACAGAAACGGGACCUCUCUCAUCAUCAAUGGAGUCCUACCGGACGAUGAAAGUAUUUAUACCUGUGAAAUCUCGACCAGUCCGCCGAGAUCUGUCAGUCAUACGCUUAAAGUUAAAGUCAUCGUUGCAGUCCCACCGACGGUCUAUCCAGCCAACAACCGAACCACGAUGAUGAUUAAGAUGGGUGGUACGGCCUACCUCAGGUGUGUCGUAACGGGCAAUCCUUUGCCAAAAGUCACCUGGACUAAAGAGGGUUUAGCUCAACCUCUCGGGGAAGGCGUCAAUCUCACCCUGACAACCACUAGGGCAGAAGACAAUGGUAUCUAUACAUGCACAGCUGACAACGGAUCGGGAGAUCCAGUCCACGCUUCUAUCAAUCUACAGGUUAUGCAUCCUCCUGACGUCAUGGCAGACAAAAUUGAGGUCUACUCAGGGGUCUCUUACGAUGCAACCUUAGCCUGCUUUGUAAAUGCCACUCCCCGGCCGCAGGUCAAGUGGUACCGAGAAAAUGGGUCACCCGUUGAUCCCCUAAGACUAAAAGUAGCUUACGAUACCAGAAAUAAAAAACAUUCACUGCAGUUUGACAGAGUGCAGAAGGGGGACUUUGGUUACUAUACUUGCAACGCCUCGAAUUUUAUGGGGAAUUCGUCAGCCCUUGUGCGGCUGACGGGGCGACCCAAACCUGUCAGGUUUUCUAGUCCUAAACUCGGAGACAAAGACACGAGGUAUACGUUAGUGUGGGAAGUGGAGAGUUACUCCCCUGUACUGGCUUACAACAUUGCAUACAGAAAUGGGCCUCCACACAUUUCCACCUUCAGGAAUCAUAAGUGUGAUGUCACUUGUUCUGUUGUGUGUGCUCACAAUGGUCAGUAUUUUGCUUAUAAGGAGACAGAUUCUGAUGAAAAGUGGGUAAACUUCACGGUUCCAGGAACAUCAUCAUCAUCCAUGUACCAUUCCAAGGAACACACAUUCACAGAGCUUGAAGCUGGAGCAUCAUAUUACGUCCAGAUUUCAGCAAGGAAUGAAUUUGGUUCCAGUGACAUUAAUGAAACUUUUGCUUUCACAACGCUUGAUCCAGUUGGCACAGACCCUCCUGAUGACCUUCUCCAUGAGGAGGAGGUAAUACCCAACACCGACCAAUACCAAGACGUAGUUUCAGAGGUGGGUGGAGUCAUAGAGUCGCAAGCCCCGCCUCUCCCUGAAGUGGACAUUGUUACGGCCCAGUCACCUAUCAUCAGUCCCACCGACAACCUGACAGAAAUGGAGGAAAUAUUCCAAGAAAUCUUCAAGGGAAAUGAAAUCCCACCAGCAGAAAAAGCGUCGGUGUCAGACAGUACCUCGGAAACCUUCAGUUUAACCCCAAGAGAAAAGCGAGCUCAGAUGGUUGCGUUAGUGACAGCCAUAAGUUUAUCAUCUUUUUUCUUUUAAUUUGCUAUGAGGUUGUGAGGCGAAUAGUCUUUAUCCCAGGCUUAGAGAUGUACUUGGGUGGCAGUGAUCUCGCCUAUGAAUGAAGACAAAAUUAAUACCUCAAGAGCCCUGGGUAUUGUUGGUCCUACCUGGUAAUUAUGGGAAGUACAGUAGUAUGUCAAGGUUCUGACUGUAUCUGGGACGGGUAUAUUUCCCUAUAACCUAAGAGAAAAUGCAUCGAUGCCUUGAGAGUCUAUGUAAGUAGCAUUACCUUAAGCUUAAGGAAAUGUUUCAUAAUCCUGACAAUAUUUACAAAGUGACACUUAUGAUUUGAAGAACAAUACUCAAGAUAACUAGAAAUGUCUAUGAAGGUAGUCAGAUACAUGACUCAAGACAAUAUGUGUCCAAAUAGUACUUUGGUACAGAUAUAAGAUACAUCAGGGCCUUGGCAGCUCUUGGGUAUAGGCUUAAGCAAUACAGCAGAGCCAUGAUAGUAUGUGGGUACAGGUAGAUGCCCUGACAAUAUCUGGGUAAGCUCUAGAUAAAUCUGUGUGAAAGUAGUACAAACUGCAACUGAAUAAGAAUGACAGUCAACCCCCACCAUUCACAGGAAACUGGUUCCAUGAACACUGCAAAGAUUGUGGAUGAGCAGGUCUCCCCUUGUGUUAAACCUAUCCCUGGGCCCCCACAGUCAAGCAGAAAGAUUGUACUCAUUACUUCUGAUAAAUAUGAUUAAAUAUAAAGCACAUAAUAGUGCUAUUUACUAUGAUGUAUGAAUGAUUUAUAUACAAAAUAUGCAAUACAUAUGGAUUUACUUAUAUAAUACCAAAUUGUACUAUCCUAACAGUAAAGUAAAGCACAUUGUAAAUUCUUCCAUCACUAUCUUUCUCUUCUCUCGCUCUCUGUUUAACAUCAUCAAUACAGUAUUCCUUGACUAUGCUAUCAUAUUCAAC